ACUCCGCGGUGGUCAGUCUGGCUCGGUCCGCCUCCGCUGGCAGCUGCAGCUGUUGGCAGCUGUUCGUUCCUGUGUGCCACUGGCUGCCACUGGCUGGCAAGGUGGUCGACUCUAUUUGACUCCCACACAACACCAACCCGCCGUCGCGUCCGCGGGGUGAUAAUGAAAUGUCCAAAGCGUACGUGUUGUGCUAACGGUCUCAAGUUUCCCUCUCCAUAUUUGUGCAAAGCCGUGUUUUAGUGGCCAGCAUGACUACCAUCGAACUGUACACCAAGGGCGCCCGGGUGUGGGUGCCCAACCCGGAGUGUGUGUGGGAGGGCGCCGAGGUCCAGGAGGACUACAAGGAUGGCGCGGGCAAGCUCAAGCUGCGGCUGGACGCCAGCGGCAAGGUGCUGGAGGUGCCCCUGGGUCCAGACAAGGAACUGCCCCCGCUGCGCAACCCUGACAUCUUGGUGGGCGAAAACGAUCUCACCUCGCUGUCUUACCUCCACGAGCCGGCCGUGUUGCAUAACCUGCAAGUUCGCUUCUGUCGCCACAAUGCCAUCUACACGUACUGCGGUAUCGUACUUGUUGCAAUCAAUCCGUACUCUGAACUGCCUAUUUAUGGAAGUGAUACUGUGUGGACCUACCGCGGCCAGUCUAUGGGAGACCUUGAUCCGCAUAUUUUCGCAGUAGCAGAAGAAGCUUAUACCAAAUUGGAAAGGGAGUCGAGGGACCAAAGUAUCAUUGUCUCUGGAGAAUCAGGAGCCGGUAAAACUGUGUCGGCUAAGUAUGCUAUGCGUUACUUUGCCAUUGUUGGAGGUUCCUCCACUGAAACACAGGUUGAGAAAAAGGUGCUUGCAUCAAGUCCCAUUAUGGAGGCAAUAGGAAAUGCUAAAACCACACGAAAUGACAACAGUUCGCGUUUUGGAAAAUAUAUAGAAAUUCAUUUUGACAGAGCAUUUCAUAUAGUUGGUGCCAGUAUGCGCACAUACCUCCUAGAGAAAUCAAGAGUAGUAUUCCAAGCUCCUGAAGAAAGAAACUACCAUGUAUUUUAUCAACUUUGUGCUUCAAGGGAUCAGUAUCCUGAGCUCAAACUUGCACAUCCUGAUGAGUUUGUGUACUUAAAUGGAGGCCAAGCUGCCACAAUAGAUAGUGUUGAUGACAGUAAGAGUUUCCAGGACAUGGUUAGUGCACUGACUCUGCUGGGCUUUGGGCCCAAAGAGCAGAAUGACAUGUGGCGUGUUCUAGCAGCCGUGCUUCACCUCGGCAAUGUGCAUCUAACACCGCAGGCCGAAGGCACUACAGUCAGCUCUAAGGAUCGUCAUUUAGCUAUUUUUUGUGAGCUGUUAGAAAUUGAUAUGAAUGAACUACGUACAUGGUUGUGCCAACGUAGAAUUGUCAGUGUAAGGGAAGUUCUCAACACCCCUAUGAAUGUAACAGAGGCAACAGCUGCUAAAGAUGCCCUGGCAAAACACAUCUAUGCUGAGCUCUUCAAUUGGAUUGUUGCAGUAGUCAAUAAAGCCCUAGAAAGUGGCACUAACACAAAGCAAAAGUUUAUUGGUGUUUUGGAUAUAUACGGAUUUGAAACGUUUGAAAUCAAUAGCUUUGAACAGUUCUGCAUCAAUUAUGCCAAUGAAAAAUUACAGCAACAAUUUAACCAGCAUGUAUUUAAAUUAGAACAAGAAGAAUAUUUAAAAGAAGAAAUAGAGUGGAAAUUUAUUGAUUUUUAUGACAAUCAGCCAUGUAUUGAUCUCAUUGAGACACGUUUAGGUAUAUUAGAUCUCUUGGAUGAGGAAUGUCGAGUGCCUAAAGGGAAGGAUUCUUCAUGGGCUGAAAAGCUCUACAGUCAGUGCACAAAAUGGAAGCAUUUUUCCAAACCCCGGUUUGGAACCUCUGCCUUUGUUAUCAAACAUUUUGCAGACAAUGUGCAAUAUGAGGUGGGAGGGUUUUUAGAGAAAAAUAGGGAUACUGUCAUGGAAGAGCAGAUAACAGUUCUGCGUGGAGGAAAGAAUAAUUUGGUGCAGAAACUUUUUGCUGAUGAGUCUCGGCGCCUAGUAGUCCCUGCAGCACGAGUUAAGGUCGGGCCAUCUUCUCAACAACCCCAGUCUCAGUCUAAACAGAAUAAGAAAACCGUUGGCUCUCAGUUUAGGGACUCUCUCAACAUGCUCAUGUCAACACUCAAUGCAACAACUCCCCACUACAUUCGUUGCAUAAAGCCAAAUGACAGCAAAAAGCCCUUUGAGUACAAUGCAGUGCGAGCUGUUCAACAACUCAGAGCUUGUGGUGUUCUUGAAACAAUCAGGAUCAGUGCUGCUGGAUUCCCCUCUAGGUGGACCUAUGGUGAUUUCUUCCAUCGUUAUCGAGUUCUUUGCAAGUACAAAGAUAUCGAUUAUGACAAUUUGCGUGCAACCUGUGGAAGAAUUCUUAAAAAUUUGGUCAAGGAUGAAGAUAAGUAUAAAUUUGGUAGAACAAAACUAUUCUUCCGAGCAGGACAAGUUGCAUACAUGGAGAAACUUCGUGCUGAUCGCCUCCGCAUGUGUUGCAUUAAAAUGCAAGCUCAAGUACGAGGAUUCAUUGCUCGCAAGAGGUAUCUGAGGACGAGAAAAGCUGCAUCCACCAUUCAGAGAUGGGUGCGAGGAUUUAUUGCCAGAAGACGUGUUUAUCACAUACGUCGAGAACAUGCUGCCACUGUCAUCCAGCGUUAUGUACGAGGUUGGGUUAAGCGAAAGCAGUAUUUGGUUCUGAGGCGCUCUAUACUAGGAAUUCAAAGGUAUGGGCGUGGGCUUUUGGCAAGACGCAGAUACUUGGCUAUGCGCUUCAACCAUGCUGCCAUUGUCAUUCAAACUGCUGCCCGGCGUUGGCUUUGCCGCAAGCAGUAUUUGAGGAAUCGCAAGAGAGUUAUUGUAGCACAAUCAGCUGUGCGUCGGUUCCUAGCCAAGCGUCACUUCAAGACAAUGAAGAGGGAAGCUCGGUCAGUGGAACAUGUUAAGAAACUUAACAAGGGUCUUGAAAACAAGAUUAUCUCCUUGCAGCAGAAAAUAGGAGAAUUGGUGAAAGAAAACACCUCAUUGAAGUCUGUGAACAAUGAAGCUAAUGAGUUGCGCCAGCGACUAGAUGUUUACAAAGGUUUAGAAGCAGAAUUAAAGCGAGCUAAUCAAGCCUUGAAGCUGAAGGACAGUGAACUUGAAAAGCUGCAAUUAGACCUACAAAAGGAAAGGGAUGAAAAGAUGGAUCUAAUCAGUGAGGAAGAGAGAUGGAAGACAGAAAGUAAACAAUUCAAACAAAAAAUGGAAGCUGAUAAUCAGCACCUUAAAGAAAGAUUAGAUGCAGCAAAUGAACAGAUCAAGCUAAAUCAGCUGAAUGCAGAAGAAAUAUUGAAAGCUCGACUUGAACAAGAAAAGCAAGUCUUGAUUAGAGAACAGGAUCAGGACAGAUCAGCUUAUCAAAAACUCCUGCGGGACUUCCAUGCUUUAGAGCAAAGAUCAGAUCAAAUGGAGCAUGAAUUGGCCAGAAUACAUCGUGAGGGUGGCAACAUACCAGCUACUCUGAGGAAGAAUAAACAUCAAAGGACAUCAUCAAAUACUAGUUCUAUGAGUUUCCAAGAUGAUGUUCUUAGUGUUAAUAGUGAAGUCCCAGAUGAUAGUGCUGAUCAUGGAUACGGUUCUGUGAGAUCAAAUACUUCCCCCUCUGCUGGCCACCUGGCUGUUGAAAGUAUUGAUUGGCAGCACCAAACAAAGAGUGAUAGUCCUGAGGCUAACCCUGCAUUGUCAGGCCCUAUGUCACCUGGUCAUGGUAAGGAGGUUGGUCUUGUUCUUCAAAUGCAAGCUAAGCUUGAUCGAGUAACUACAGAACGAGAACGCCUAAGUAGGCGCCUGGAAGCUUUGGAUAAGGACCUUACAAACUUGGGUGAAACCACUGUGCGCACCCAAGAAGCCUUCCGGGUUCAGGAAUUAGAAAUGGAGAAUCAGAAGCUGAAGAGCAAUUUAGCUGAACUGCGCCAGGCCUCUGCAAAGGGGAAUACAGGUGCCCAACAGCUACUUAGUCAAUUCCAAGCACUUGAAUUGGAGCUUGAGAGGCGCAGAGAAGAGUGUAUCCAACUUCAUACAGUCCUCUCUGACAAGACAAGUGGAAUGAAAAAUAUUGCUCAGUCAAGUUAUGGUAAAGAUGUAGACAUUAUGAACGAAGAUGGUGAGCUGGUUCUGGCAUUUGAAGCUCAAAAGAAAAUAAACAGGCAACUAGAAGAUGAGCUGCAAGCACAGAAGGAACAUUCAAGAGCUGAACGUGAAGAGAUGAUUUCAGAAAUGCAACGAGUUUUGGAAGAUAAUGAAAAACUUCAAAGUUUGUUCACUGAAACCUUAGCAGAAGGUGCCCAAGCUGCUGCAGGUUCUACUCAGGCUUAUCUUCAGUAUGAAGUGGAGAAACUAACUGCAAACAAUUUGCAAUUGCGAGAAAAAUAUGAUGCGCUCGCGGAGCAAAAUCAGAAGUUGAAAGCACAAAUCAAGGCAUUGAAUGCAAAGAUCAAAUCUCUAACUGGAUCUGAUACCUUGCCCAUGACUGGUGGCGUCAUUAGUAGCAGAGAUAUCAAUGCACCUGCUGUGAAAAACCGCACAAAUCAGCCACCACAGCCGGCUCCAAGGUCAACUGUAGAUGCUCAAUCCAAGAAGACUCAUGAACAGGCAACGCUUCCCAUAGUACGCAAGAGAGACAGAGAGUAUCUUGGAAUGUUCGAGUAUGCCAAAGAAGAUGAGCAUGUGAUCAUAACAAGGCUUAUCAACGAUUUGAAACCCAAAACAGCUGUGACUCUCCUGCCUGGUUUACCUGCUUAUAUUCUUAUGAUGUGUAUACGUCACACUGACUACAUCAACGACGAUGAGAAAGUGCGAUCCCUUUUAACUGGCAUAAUCAAUACCAUGAAAAAACUAAUCAAAAAGAAAUAUGAAGACCUUGACACUAUUGUUCUUUGGCUCUCCAAUGCUUUAAGGCUUUUGCACAACAUGAAACAGUAUAGUGGUGAUAAAAGUUUCCAAGAAGAAAAUACACCCAAGCAAAAUGAACAAUGCUUGCGGAACUUUGAUCUUGCUGAGUACAGACAAGUGCUGAGUGAUGUUGCUGUCUGGGUCUACCAGGCUCUUAUCUCAAUUCUGGAGGAGAGAAUCCAGCCAUAUGUUGUGCCUGCCAUUUUGGAGAAUGAAGCUAUCACCGGGCUCUUGGGGCGAACUGGAGGUGGUGGAGGGCGCAGAGGCCGCCUUAUGUCUGAUACCGAUGUCAAGCCAGGAAUCCAACAAGCUUUGGAUGGCAUGCUUGCAGAGUUGACUAGUUUCUACCGAACUCUAGGAUACCAUGGAGUUGACCCUGAAGUUAUCGCUCAGGUCUUCCGCCAACUGUUUUACUUCAUUUGUGCAUCAUCUCUCAACAACCUACUGCUUCGGAAAGACUUAUGUCACUGGUCAAAGGGCAUGCAGAUUCGCUACAAUCUGUCUCACUUAGAGCAAUGGACACGAGACCACAAGCUGCAAGACCCUAGUAUUAUUGAUACACUGGCUCCAAUAAUCCAAGCAGCACAGCUGCUUCAAGCUAGGAAGAGUGAUGAAGAUGUGCAGAGUGUGAGCGACAUGUGUGAUAGGCUAACUAUUCAUCAGAUAAUUAAGUUAUUGAAUUUGUACACUCCUGCUGAUGACUAUGAAGAAAAAGUACCAAUUAGCUUUAUCCACAAAAUCCAAGCUACAUUGCAGGAAAGGGCUGAAGCUCAAUCAAAUCAAUUUGCCGGAGAGCAGCAGGUCACAUUGCUUAUGGACUCCAAGCAAAGUUUCCCUGUUCGAUUCCCAUUCAACCCAUCUAACAUUCGACUAGAAGAUAUUGAAGUGCCUGAAGUACUUAAUAUACCAAUGCUUAAGAAAAUUUAAGUUAUUAUUUUAUUUAUAUGCAGUAAUAUUUGCUAACUCUGUGGGCAGCACAAUAACUUGGGAUGUUACCUUAAAUUUCUUGGUUUUAAUUUGAGGAUUUAGAAUAACAAUCUUAAAGAGUCUUGCAAGUUUAGGGUUUUUGUUGUUUUUCAGUGAAAACAGCAUGGCAAAUAUCUAGUGACAAAUUUCAGUUUAGCAACUUACAAGACUUUCUCUGUUGGGUUCAUUGUUUCUUGGCCUCACAAUUGAGGUCUUGGUUAUUUGAUAAAGAAUAUGUAUUGCAGAUUCAGUCAAGCAUUACAGUAUUAUCAAUGUGUAACAAAUUUUUUUGAGGCACCAUGUAAAUUAAAUUUAGUAUCUAUUCUAGCCCAAAGUACUUAUUUGUUGGUUAAUAAGUAUAGUUCUUCUGAAAGCUUUCCCUUAUGUACUAUGUGUCUAGUUUUAUCAAAGUUACUGCUGUGGAAUGAUGUGUCUUAGGGCUGUGUUUGUGUUGUACUAGAUGAGAACAGAAAAUCUGCAAAGUACAGUUCUUUGUAAUUGACCUUAUUGUCAAGGUGGUAGUGUGGUAUUGUGUUUUCCCAUCAGAGCUCAGAAAACCUUGGACAAUUUUUUCCUUUUUAUAUUGAAUUUAAUGAUUCCUUGAACUUAGGACAUGUUUGUUAUCUGUUUUUGUUUUAAAGAUGGAACUUGAUUAUUUGUAAUACUUUGACCUGCUAUGGUUUCCUCAACGAAAACAUUCCACAUAUUUUACGAAGGUUACCUUGAACCAUUUGAGAUUGUAAACAAAGAAAUGGAACCUAAUAUUUUAAAAUAGAAAUGUAAGGUCUGUAAUCCAUUAGCAAAGAUUAGUAUCAGAUGAAUCAAAAUAGCUUUAUAUGAAUUAUACUAUUUAUUUUGUAACAAAGUUAAAUUUGUGAAUUUGCGAAUUUUAUAAUUUUGCUGUUAUAGAGAUUAUUAACUGUUGUAAAUGAUGCCAUACCAAUUCAAUUUAUUUCUGUUGCCAGAUGCUUGUUAAUCACUUGUGUCAUGUUAUUCCACAAAAUGUACUCAGUACAAUCCAUGCUGUGAUAGAAAUGCAUUCUGUUGUAAACCAGUGAUUCCAAGCACAUUAAAUGUGCUUUAGGCGUUUGGAAUUAGAAAAAUGUUAAGCAAGUAAAAAUUAAAUAAAUGUUCUUGAAGUUACUAUUGUAACUA